AUGCCGCCCGCAUCUUCGAAGCCUCGUCCAGUCGUUCUCGGUAUCGAUUGGGGCAGUACCGGCGUUCGGCUGAUGCUCUUUCACACCCAAGGCAACCACCUGAAUCCAUUCGAGCCAGUGCGGAGCAAGGAGACACCGCGACACGAGGACAAACGCUACGGAGGAGGGGCAUACAAGGCAACGCUCGCUGUUUUCGACGAUGAUGGCGAGGUCUAUACUCCAGACAAAGAGUGCCGUGGUCGCAAGAGAAUCUCGUCCAAGUUCUUGUUCAAGGAUGGGGGGAGUCUGGACCCAAACCACCCGCUCGCCGAGGAGAUCAAAAGGCUUUCGACGGACGAAGCAUUCAGAAAGCGUUGCGAGAACGGAAAACUAGCGAUCAUCAAGACCUUCGUCGCCGCCAUCGAAGACAUAUGCGAAAAGAAAAACCUCGAGGUCGUCGACGUCGGCCUAUCUAUCCCGGCAACAUGGACUUGCGAGGAGAUUGAAGAGUACCGUCGUCUGCUGAGGAUGACGUUCCGGUCGCGAACGCUCAAGAUGGCGUUCAGGAACGCCCAGUUUCACACCGAGGUCGAGUCGUUUGCACAUUACUUCAUGUGGCACAUGAACCAGACCAAAGAGUCCCUUGUGUCCGAGGAUACAAUCAUCCUUUAUAUUGACUUUGGAGGGUACAGCAUGAGCGGUUGCUUAUUCCAAGUACGGAAGCUCAAGUCUGAUCCAGAGACAUCGAUGUUCUACAGAGUUGGAGAGCCUUUCGGUUGUGCGGGUGGCACGGAGCACUGGGAGGCCUACGUCAGCCAAUGGUGUACCCGUGAAACGAUGGAGCAUGACAACUUCAACAACUCGAGGAGUUUCCUCACUGAGGAUGAUCGAUGUCAGCUCCUAGACAACUUUCAUCGCCAGGUCGUGGAAAACGAGCAUUCCAGCUUCGAGGAUAUGCUUCUCCACCUUGACAACCCGUCGGCGUAUUCCAGUCACCAUCGUUCCCAUUCCGUCACGGUGCCUGCCAAUACCUCGAGAAAGAUGUUCUACAAUUCAAUGCAAGACAGCCUCGAGAUGACAAAUGAGCGGAUCGCGAAGCUUGGGGUCUUCCCUAAGGGCAGCGUGAAGGUGAUUGUGACCGGAGGGAGCGCGAAGCACUUCCAAGUACAGAAGAAGCUACGUGAGCAAUGUCUAGCAGCCAGCAUACCGGAGCCAAUCUUUGUUCAUGAGGAGUCCAACGACUAUGCUGCCUUCAACGUCGCUCGUGGCGCAGCGCUUGCCAGCGCAAAGACUUGCAAAGUUGGAAGUUUCAUGAGCAAUGGAGCUGCUUUCGGUAUACAGAUGCUGCAAGAAGAGGAGAGCAUGUGGGACAAUUACGCCGGAGUCGUUCUGAAAGAGAAAGGGCCGCAGGACCUACGUUUCUACUCGUCUGGUAAGGACAGACUGAAGCUGAUCUGCGACCCGUUCCAUCGUGCCAGAGGUGGUAACGAUCAGAUACACCACUCCAAAGCUUAUGACAUCGUCGAGCUCCCCCCCGCCCCCAAGGGCGAAUGGCGUUAUUCGCUCGAUAAUGUCGGCGACCAGAUGGCGACAGAUAUGCACCUGAACACUGCGAACACCUAUCUUCUCAAGGUCAAAGAUCGAGUCGAGAACGCGCAUCGCGGGCUGGCGAUCUGGGAGGAUGGGACCAUUGUUGCGUGUCGCGAAGAAAGAACGGCCGAGGCUAUUAUGCGCGAGGAAUUGUUGUCGAGGAUGGAAUCUGGGAAUGCUGCAGAGGAACCGGCGACGCCCGAACCUGCCCCGAGGACUCCCAAGAGAAGGCGAGGACGCAAGCCGUCGGGCCAUCUGCAAGAGAUCCCUUCCCACCGAGUCACUCGAGGCCGACCCAGUGAAAGUCCCGAGCCGCCAUUGUCGCCGUACGAGGAGAUGCGGUCGAGGUUGCGGAGUGUGAGAGACAGCAUCAUUGUCGGCAGUAUCCGGAAAAGGAAACGCUAG